CCUUUGUUUUGUUUAAACGAUGUGUCAAUAAACUUUACCGUAUUUUUUUUUAUCCGGAUAAGUGUCUGUGGAUUGGAGAGGUUUGGAUGACCACAGCGUGCCAGCUCUGACCUGACACUAACUGGAUCCUGACGACCAAGAAUGUUCCUUUAAAGAGAAAAAUGCAAAGAGACGGGGCGGAGCCGCAAGCCCGCUGUCACUCUCUCUGUAUUCUAUAGUAGAUUCACAGUUUAUCUUCAGGCUAUUAGCAAGCAAAUUAACUGUAAGGUAGAAGGUCCCGGCGAAUACGAGAGAACGCAAAUCAGUCCUCGGCUUUUGCAGAAGUAAUGCGGAAUAAUGGAAUACUUUUCCCUGGGUGUCUGACCCGGCUGUGUUGUCAAACUGGGGUCUUUGUUCUUCUUUGAUCAUAUCUGAUUGUUAUUGAAACAGGGAAAGUAAAGACUACUGGCUUUGAACCUUGGCUUUACAUUCGGAGGAUGACAUCUUGCAUCUAUUUGCCACUUGAAUAACACCAACGAGGUGUCGCGUUGCCUAUUCACAAGGCUUCUCUCUAGGUAUCUCAUAGCCUAACCUCUUCUUGGGAACACUUGCUUUUGGGUCGGAACUAUGAUGUGGACUUUGUUUGCUGUUUUUACCUGUACUGGACUAUCUGGGCUUCUUGCAGAUUUGGGUCGUGUAGGGGGGGUAGCCGCUCGCUGUGAGAGCCAGGCGUGUAACCCCCGAAUGGGCAAUCUGGCGCUAGGUCGCAGGGUCCUGACCCAGACCGUGUGUGGCUACAAGGGCACCGAGCCCUACUGCUCCUACUCUGACCCCUCCUCCUCCACAGUGCCCUGCCCCCCGGCCAGGUGUGGGGAGUGCAAUGCGGCCCUCCCCCUGCAGGCCCACCUGGCUGCAGCCAUGGCCGACUCCUCCUUCCGCCACCCCAACACCUGGUGGCAGUCGUCCGUGGAAGUGGAGUCUGAGACUCUGCAGCUGGAUCUGGAGGCAGAAUUCAUCUUCACCCACCUGAUCAUGGUGUUCCGCUCGCCCCGCCCUACCGCCAUGACCCUGGAGCGCUCGCAGGACUUCGGGCAGACCUGGAAGAUAUUGCGGUACUACGCCAGGAACUGUAGCGCCACCUUUGGACUGAAGGAGGGAAAGGCAGUGCUGGACAGGGCCCCCUGCACCUCCAAAUACUCUGGAGCUUACCCCUGUACCAGGGGAGAGGUGAUCUACCGUGCCCUCCCCCAAUGGGAAUCUCUUGACCCGUAUGGGGUGGCAGGCCAGGAGCAGCUGAGGGUGACCAACGUGCGCAUACGUCUGCUGGAGCGCCAAUCCUGUCCCUGCCAAGCCAAAGAUCCCACCGUUGGAGCCCCGCUCACCCAGCACUUCGCCAUUUAUGACCUUAUUGUGAAGGGCAGCUGCUUCUGCAACGGGCACGCCGAGCAGUGUGUCCCUGCGCCCGGCUACCGCCCUGUCAGGGACAGAACUAACCACGUGGUUCAUGGGAAGUGUGUGUGUAGUCACAACACUGCAGGUGUUCACUGUGAGCGCUGUGCUCCGCUCUACAAUGACCGACCCUGGCAACCUGCGGACGGACUCACAGGGGCUCCACACGAGUGCAGGAAGUGUAAGUGUAACGGGCAUGCCCAGAGCUGCAGUUUUGAUUGGUCGGUGUGGCGGGAGUCCGGCCAGCGCAGCGGAGGUGUGUGUGAGUGUCUACACAGCACAGAGGGACGCAACUGUCAGAGCUGUAAGACUGGCUUCUACAGAGACCCCCAGAGGGCGCACACGGCCCAGGACUCCUGUAAACCAUGUGGCUGCCACCCCCUGGGUUCAAUACCAUUCCACCUGGGCGGGGGGUCUCUCUGUGACCCUACCAACGGAGACUGUGUCUGCAAGCCCGGCGUGGGGGGCUCCCACUGCGACAGGUGCAUGGUGGGAUACUGGGGUUUCCAUGACUACGGCUGCCGUCUGUGCGACUGUGUGGGAGACUGCGACCCCUUUACAGGAUACUGCAUGUCUGGGUCAGAUCUGGACCUGUAUAAUCUGGAGGGUAAUUCCAGUGAGCUGGUGAGGAUCUUCAAGGCAGAUGAGCUCUUUUCUGCCCUACACUACUCAGAGAAAUGUGAGUGUAAGGAGCAGGUCCUGGCUAACAGCAAACUCUUCUGCACCAUGAAGUUUGCCUAUGUGUUGAAGGUUAAGGUCUUGUCAGCCCAUGAUAAGGGCUCCCAUGCUGAGUUGGAGGUGAAGGUUCAGAAGGUGUUGAGUCAGAGCACUAAGGUGAAGAUCCAGAAAGGACGAGUAACACUCUACCCAGAGUCCUGGACCGCACGGGGCUGCACCUGCCCCAUCCUCAACCCAGGUGGGGAGUACUUGGUGGCGGGCCAUGCAGACAGGAAGCAGAACCGUCUUAUCGUCAACAUGAAGAGCUUCGUCAAGCCCUGGAGAGCCAGCCUUGGACGCAAGGUCCUCACACUAAUGAAGAAAGACUGCACCUGGUAAACAGACUGGAGGACACUGGGAGUUGGACAGACUGAUAGAUGGAGAAAGAAGACACUGCCAUUCAUUUGUUUUUGCCUUCUCUGGAGGGGGAAUUGUCUUAUUGAGGUGGGGACUAAACAUACUAUAAACGCCCACCCCUAUCUGCCCUGGGCCAAUAAGAGUGUGUGGCUGGCAGAGAGAACAUACACAGACUCUAUGAGCCUCUGUUUGAGUGACAGUUCGGCCCUCUCUUCCAAGCGCACAUACACACACAGCCACUCCCUCUCUCUAGCACUUUAGCCCAUGGCAGAAGGGCCAAUAGGAUCAUGUGUUGACCUCAAGACUGGACAACAGAAGGACACAUUUGACCCCUUGUGACCCCUGUAGGAAGGCUUGUGGUGGAUGACCUAUGCCUCAUUCCCCGAUGUGUUCUGUUACAACAAACUGCCUGUCAAGCUGUGUAACAGAGACAGAUUUGUACACACAGAAUGAUGUUGAAUAAGCCAUGCAUGCCACUACAGGUGGUUGAGUCCAGGUGGGUUUGCGAAUGUGUAUGUGUGUUGUGAACUCUGUCUGUGUGUGUGUGUGGCUGCGUGUCUGAUGAGCACAAAUCCAUCCAGCUUCAGUCUAAUUGAUCCAUUUUUGACUCUGAAAUUUGGGCAGGAUAACCUAUAGAGAUGUAGCAUCUCUUGUGGAGGGGUUCCUGAUAAAAACACAACAACAUAUACCACUGAAUAUAUAUAUAUAUAUAUAUAUAUAUAUAUAUAUAUGACAAUACACAUAUUACCUCCCAAUAUGUAAUACUGCUGUGACCUACAGAGCCCUGAAUUAAUCUCUAUUCCUUCCUAUGUCUGCUCCUGUACAGUAUUACUUGUAUAUAUCUAUAGAAAUAUGAUGAUGUCCUCUCUCUUUCUUUGAUGGUGUGUUAAUGUAAUAAUGUCAUUCCGGGCAAAUGUUGAGGCAUUACAUUUUCUUUAGAUUUCCUCACUGUGGAAAAAACCCUGUCCUCC